UCACCGCUGAGCCAGUAAACGACCCCUGCACAUCCUCACAUCCUCCACGCUGCUGCUGCUGCCUCUGCUGCUGUGAUGAGGGUUUGAAUGAGAGGACGAGACAAAACACUGACGUCUGUCCUGCUGUGAAUGACCGGAGACAUCUUAUCCACCCGCGUGUAUGUGUGUGUGACACCUCCGGUCUGUCGGAGCCCAGAGAGACGCCGUUGUUGAAGAGCAGUUUGACGUCAAAGACAGAUUGUUCUGCCCCCCAGCAGCAUCAACGGUCCACUGCACUCCUGAGGAGCUCUCUUCAGGCAUUUAUUCUUCCUCUCCGCUCGCUAUUCCCCCGAUUCCCAUCUCUGCUCCCAGGAAACCUGUGGGCAUUACUCAGCACGCUCGGAGCCUCAGGCUCAGACAGACCAGGCGCGUUACGCACCGUCUAUCAUUAGAGGCUCUCUAGGAAAAGAUCAACGGCCGUCAGCCAGUAAAGAAGCCAUGCUUCUCUGGUCCCCUCAUGGCCGUGCCACUAUGACCAUCACCCUCCUCCAGUCCCAGCUGAUGUUUGUUCUGGCCCUGACUGUGCUUCUCUGCCCCUUGGGCCGAGUGGCAUGUCAGGGGGAAGGUCAGACUCAGUCCCCCGCCCAGGUGCUCCAGGACCUGCUAUCCCGCUUUGGAGACAACAGCACCAUCACGGUGCCUCAGCUGCGCUCACUGCUGGCCCUCCUGAGCCACGGUCAAGAUGAAGGUGACAACGGCAGCAGCAAUGUGGUGGAGACGCCUACGACAACCACACCUCCCAAAUCAAACAGCUCCAAGUGCUUGCCUGCAGACACGCUGGCCAUUUACAGCAUCAGCGAGCAGUCGCGGCUGGAUGGGAAGGGCUUACAGGAGCUGUGCCCCACCAUGCUGCAGCAGCUGGACGCCGGCACCUGCAAGGCGCAAAAAGAGGAGUCGAUUAUUACCCCCUCCCCCAGGCCCACGGACGCCGAAGUGUGGGGCUUUUCUUUCCUGAGCGUGACGGUGAUCAAUGCCUUCUCCCUCACCGGAGUCAUCAUCAUGCCCCUGAUGAAGACGCGCUAUAUGAAAUAUGCGCUCACCUUUUUCAUCGCUCUUGCCAUUGGCACGCUGUACUCCAAUGCCAUCCUGCAGCUCCUGCCUGAGGCCUUUGGUUUUGACCCCAUGGUGAAUUUCUACGUGCCCAAAUCUGCGAUGGUGUUCGCCGGCUUUUACCUCUUCUUCUUCACUGAAAAGGUCCUCAGAGUUCUCCUCAAACAGAAAAACGGGGGCCACGGUCACAGUCAUUACACCAGCACAGAUCGUUACUCGACACCCGACGGGGGCGUGGAGGAGGGCGAGAAGGAAAAGCUGCAGCAGAACGGAGAAGCCAGCAGUCUGGCUCUGGGCAAGGUGGACGCAGGGGAGGGCGAGCUCAUGCUCAGUCCUGCACAGACACCGCAGGACUCCCAGAGCCCCGACAGCGCCGGUCGGUCCGGCAGCAGUGGCGGUGGCUGCUACUGGCUGAAGGGGACGUCCUACUCUGACAUCGGCACGCUGGCCUGGAUGAUCACAUUGAGCGAUGGCCUGCACAACUUUAUCGACGGCUUGGCCAUCGGCGCCUCUUUCACCGCCUCCGUCUUCCAGGGUGUCAGCACCUCCGUGGCCAUCCUGUGUGAGGAGUUCCCCCACGAGCUCGGAGACUUUGUGAUCCUUCUGAACGCUGGCAUGAGCAUACAACAGGCUCUGUUCUUCAACUUCCUGUCGGCUUGUUGCUGUUACCUGGGCAUGGGCUUCGGCAUCCUGGCCGGCAACAGCUUCUCCCCCAACUGGAUCUUUGCCCUGGCAGGAGGAAUGUUCCUCUACAUCGCUCUGGCAGACAUGUUUCCAGAGAUGAAUGCGGUGAGUCGUGAGGAAGAGGACGCGGGCGGCAGCAGCUUCCUUCUCACCUUUGGCAUCCAGAACGCCGGCCUGCUGACGGGCUUCGCCAUCAUGCUCCUCCUCACCACCUACUCCGGACAGAUACAGCUGGGCUAGCACCGGACUCCUCUCUGACCAGUGUGAAGUUAAAACUGAGACGUCAUGCUGGUUUUGUGCUGGUGUGAACUGACCCAGAGAGGAGGGAACUUUUUGUCCUCUUUAUCUUCCUCCCAUCCUCAGUUUACAGAACCGUUGGAGUUCGGGUAGUUUGGCUGCUGUGCGGCAGGUACGCACACAUCCUCUAUCAGAAAUAUUUGAGUUCCCACAUGCAGUAGAUCCCAAACAGAGGAGGGUGACAGCCUUCUUUUUCAUCUUUUAUCAACUUUUUCCUGACAGCUGCUCCCUCUAACAGUCUAGAGACAUCAACUGAAGCAGCGCUCAGCCUCCACAGACAAGUUAAAGACUUCUUCUGAACUGACGUGCAAUACUCACCCAGUCACUCAAACUGUUCAGACUACUGAUCAGCCAUUUCGGCUCCUGCUCGUUUUUUUCCUCUUCUCGUCCUUCCCUUAGUGGAUGUCAUGGAGCUUCAACUGUUGAGAUUCACUAGAUACAGAGUAUUUAUAUCACUAAUCCUCUGCAGCCCGCAGCACUUCCUCGGGAGGUGGGAAAAGCACAAUCAGGUAACCGCAGCUGUAUUACUGACGUCCUCCAGUCUUUAUCCUUCUGUUCCAGACUUUAACGCCCCUCGUCCCUGUUUUUCAUUACAUACCAAAAAUGAGUCGUUACGGACCUGAACUGGAAUUUGAAUCACCAUGAAACUGACUUCCAGCUGGACUUUGUCGUGUGUGUGUUGAUGUUAUAUUUUUUUAUACAUGAUAAAUCAGACUUUUCAAGACCAAAUAUGGGCAGACCAUUGAGAAUGGUGAAGGGCUACACAGUGACGUUUGGAAGGGCACACUUUAUUUCUCCACACUACGGACUUGUCUCCAUCCUCGUCUUGCAAUUAGAAAUCUUUAAUGAAGCCUGUUUCGGAGUUUGAUAUUAGUGGCUUCAUCCAGAUCAGACGCAACAAUCAUCUGUGCCCUUCAUUAUUGAAUAGUUUUUUUUUUAUUCCUUAUAUUCUUGAAGUGCAAAUCUCUGGUCUCCGCACAUCCCACAGACUAUUUUUCCCAGAAUGAUCUAUUCUUUUACAGUAAUAGUGUGAACAGAAUACUGUAGGCUCAGCUGAAUCAUAUAUACACACACACAUAUCCUCGCCUGCUUUUCUGUGACCUUAUCCAUGUUAAUCACACAUAAUAAUGAUAGAGAAAUUAAGUUAUAUACUGUAUCUAGUUAGCUUAUUAUGACAAACACUCAGAUUAUCUCUAUAGAGUUACACUAUAUGGCCAAAAAAGUGUGUACACGCUUAUAUGCACGAAAUAUAAAUUAAAUAAAUUGAAACGAAUUGACUUGAACUAGGGAGUCUAACCCAAACUGAAACGUGAAAACGAGACUUAUAGGGAACCAAUCUAAACACUGAUGGUGUCAUUAUUCUACAGCCAUUACAUUGUACAUUCAAUAUUUACUUCAUAAUGACAAGUUAAAGCAAAAAGCUUGUCUAUUGACACUUUAAUCAACUAUGAAAAUAAUUGGUAGCUGCCUGCAGCCCUAAAAAGUUUGCUUUUAUCUUACAACAUACAAUGAUAUGUUAGAGAAUGAGCUCCCAACUUUGUUUGAACAUGAUGACGCCCCUGUGCACAGAGACAGGUUACAGGUUACAGCAAUAAUAGUGUAAGUAAUAUUUGGUGUCCAUAUACUUUUGGCCAGUGAAAAACGGUUUAUAAUCGGUAAUGCUGAUUGUUUGUUGGAGCGUUCGAGGGACCUGUUGUUGCUGUAUUGUAAACUACAGCAACUGUAAUAUGUUAAGGAUGAAACAGCCAUUCACAUCAUAACCACAUCCUCCUUUGUGCUACUAUUAACGCUACAAAUCUUUCUCUGUUGAUCCAUAUUUACUGAUAUCAUACAGUUGCAUUCAUUCCAGGAGUGCACAGAUUUUUCUCCGUUCAAUACUCAAAAUUCAACACAGAAUAAGUGAUUCAUUCCCAAAUCAUGCAUACUUUUCUGUGGAUUCAAUAUUAUCAUAGAAUAGAGCUGUAGAUUAUUAUUUAUUAGAGAUAGAAAGUGGAAGCCGUGAUUGGCCGUCGCAUUGUAUAGACUUCAAUUUUCUUUUAUUCCUGGAUGGAGAAGGCAAAACGGGUACCAUGAGGUACAGUAUUACUGCUGCUUGAUAUGUAAGAAGUACGGGAGAUUAUGUACUGUUGUUAGAGCCAUAUAAUAUUUAUUUUAUGCUUUACACCCAAGAUAAUGAAUUCUGUUAACACCACAAGCCAUGAAAGCAGACAAAAAAUAAGUAUUUGUUUAUUGUUUAUGUUUUUAGUAUUUUAUUUUGAAGAAAUGGGACAUCUCAUUGCACUGCAAUGUGCAUAAAUUGCACAUUUAACUGUAUGUUAAAAGCUGAAGUCAGAUCAUAUACACACAUAGAUACAGAACUUCUGGUCAGUUAUGAUAAUCUAAACCUCAUAAUGUUCAGACACAAACCAGUAAAUCAGAUAAUAAAUCCAGUAGCACACAGACAAUAACACUUAAUCGGUUCAAAAACACAAACCUUUCAAACAGAAGUGUAUUUCUUUCAGCGUCAAACAGCCAACCGAUGUUUGACUUUCCGGAGUUUUUGAUAAUUUAUCAAUGCGCUUUCAGACUUCAUAAUUUUGAAAAAUGUUGUACUUAAUGUAAUUAUGGGAAUACUCAUCAGCCUUCUCUGUGUGUCAUGGAAAUCUUUUUUAUAAACAUCCUUUUCCAAGAAAAUAA